AUGCCAGGCCUGCUGCUUAUUGAUGCCUACCGCCUCCGUGUUGAAGAUACUUAUGUCAUGGAAGGCGAUUUCAUGGAGGGCAGUAUCUAUGCCGGCAACACCGACGGGCUGCGUGGUUUCCAGAACUUCCUGAGGAGAGCUGCCACUGUUUCCGGCCUGUUGCCUCCUUGGUGGAACAACGAGAAAAAAGCAGCCUGCGAACAGCUGGGGAUGGAUACGUCCCAGUGGUCAGAUCUACGGUGCGCUGUCGAGAAGCACGAUAUUAUCGAGCAAUACGGAGACCCUCAGUUCCCAAUGCAGCUGCGAAUGCUGGCGCAGGCUGUUUAUGGGCGAGGCCCCGGUGGAAGCGAUGGAACGGCAAUGCGAAAGAUGAUGGCGUCAAUGGAAACGGGCAAAGUUGGAGCGGAUACACAGGGCAUUAUGCUCGACCUCACGACUAUGGGAGAGUCGAAUAUCCGUGAUGGAAACUAG